AUGCGCGCAAGAUCGGUCAUCCAGCUAGAACUGGGUGACAGCAGACAUACCAGUCAAAAACAACAGACUGUUCUCAAAGCCGCUCUACAGCUGGUGAACCAAAUCGGAGGAUGUGAGGAAAAGCAGCCAGGCGAGAGCGUCGGGAAUGAUACAACGGACAUUGCUACUGAGGAACCUGCUACUGUACCGGAAGCUCCUCCAGCAGAGUUACUACUGAUGCUCUUGCAUCCAAAUACCGGGCCUCAGUGGCCAGACCAUAUAUCGAACAAGACGCUUGAAAAAAUGGCCGCGGCUCUCAUGAAGGGUGAUUGCCAGGGACAAUUGUUCCAUCAAUACUGCGUCUGCAUUUACGUCAAAGCAAUCAUGCAUUUCUAUCAGCUCUCGAGAAUGAUAACCAACCCCGUUGUGAAGAACCAGCUCGUUCAGUCAAGAAAUGCUUCCAUCGCAGCUACUCUCCGGAGUAUGCGCCAAUUUAACAUCCUUGCAUCGCCGAGCCUGCAGUCCAUUCAGUCCCUGGUAUCGAGUGCCUUGUUGAUGCAACAACUGGGAGAUGUCAAACAAUGCUGGGCUCUGAACUCAUACGCCGCUCAGCAAAUUGUCGCACUCGGUUAUGAUCGGAUUCGCAGCAUACCGGCUCGCUCACAGGCUGAAGGGGAGAUACACAGCGCCGUAUACUGGUGCUACUAUAUGGAUAGAACAGUCAGCGCACUUCUCCUGCGGCCUACAGCUUUGCCUGAUCUUAAUGUAUCUCCGACAGAGCUCAUCGCCUCCAUGCAGCAGUCACCGUAUGACCCGUUAAUCCGAAUUCUGCUGGAUCUCGCGCAGAUCCAAGGGCACCUGCUUGCAUUUUCGUCGCAUUUGAAGCGAGCAGAUUCCAGGUACAUUUUGGAUACUUGCAAUUUGAUCGAGGAAAGGAUGCACAGCAUCUCUAAAGACCUAGAAUCCAGCCGUAAAUCUCUCCCAAAAACGUUUCAAUAUGACUGGAUUGCCGCCGACUUCUGCUACUAUGCAAUCUACGUGGAAAUCCUCCGAACGCGUCUGAGAUGCACAUUCACCCCUUUAGUACAUAGAGAAUGUCUAGUCUACGCUCGAAAAUCUCUGGGGGCGUUUCUAUUUCUGCAGCAACACCGCGCUGAGUUGGGAUUUGACGAUCCAUACCCAUCCUUUUUGACAUGGACAUUGCUUCUAUACCCACUCAGCCCUUUCUUCGUUGUUUUCUGUAAUAUCAUCGGAACACUCGAUAAGGACGACCACGAGGUCAUGCACCAGAUUACCACUGGUCUAUCACAGUUCAAGCGCGAUCCGCACCUGGAGAAAGUUCUCAACCUUCUUACUUCCCUCGAGCGCCUUUGCGAGUCGCUAUUCCACGAGGAUGGAGAGGCACUUUCCCAGUCUAAUUUACAAAUGCAAAGGCCGGCGGAGGCACUUCCCUCAGUUCGAAGUUUUACGAAUGCCGGUGAUAAUCUAGAUCUGGGCCAAGAUACGGCCGACUCUGAGCCAGGGCUUUCGGCUGAUUGGCUGAUGUGGCAGUUGUUUAAUAGUGAGGUGCCAUUGGGGUGGCUUAAUCCGGACUUUCCUAUACUGUAA